AGGGCCGAGACAAGGGGACAACCCCAGGCGUGCGAUGUCCCGAUUUUUCAGUACGGGGCCUGCAGAAGUCCCGGCCCCUUUGCUGGGGCCAGUCUUUCAUGCCGAGCCGUUCUUUGACGGUCCCGGGCUGGGCGAGGGCCCCCGGAGGCCGAAAGCGGCCCAACGUUUUACAUCUUCCGCCGUGCUUCUCAGCUUACGACGCGACCAUGUCUGGGAUCGGCUGGUGCUGGGCCUGCGCAGCCCGUUCCUCCUCAAGAUGCUCACCGGCACGCGGGAGCAGGCCGCACGCGAGGCCCAGCUGCCCGACGUGGCGCCGUGGCAGCCGAAGGCCGUCUCUCUCGGCCUGGACGUGCGGCCGCGAGGCCGAGGUGCGGCCUGGGGGGGCUCGUGCGAGGCCCGGGGAGGGCGCACCGCUCGCCUGCGCGCGGGCGGGCUCCGCCCCUCCGCGGCGCACUGCGCUUCGCUGGGGGGGGCAGCGCGGCGGACUCCGCACGCCCUGCGGCGCCGCGCGCUGCGCGAGGGACCGAGGCUCCGGAAUGAGCCCUGCCAGGGCCGGGCGAUCGAGGCCGCGCGCGCUCGUUUCGAGCCGGGGAUCGGCCAGAGAGUCGAUGUGCCCCAGAACUGAGUCUCUCGUUGAGUCUGCCGGAGAUGCGACGAGUGCUCGCAGAGGGUGUACGUAG